GCGCUCGUGAUUUUGCACAUUUGAGACUUGUCAGCGGCGACGCGUCGAGGAAUGUUCGUUCUGCUUAUUAUAAAGAAGGAAUUCCGUUGUUAAGAAUAAAUUGUCAAUAUAAAAUUCGAUCGAUACAGCAAGAUGGAUAGGCUAUUACGGUUAGGUGGUGGAAUGCCAGGUCUGAGUCAAGGACCACCACCCUCUGAUGCACCUGUCGUGGAUACAGCUGAACAGGUAUACAUAUCAUCUUUGGCUCUCUUAAAAAUGCUUAAACAUGGUCGUGCUGGAGUACCGAUGGAAGUGAUGGGUCUUAUGUUGGGAGAAUUUGUUGAUGAUUAUACUGUCCGUGUUAUCGAUGUUUUUGCUAUGCCACAAACGGGAACGGGAGUCAGUGUAGAAGCUGUUGAUCCAGUUUUUCAAGCAAAGAUGUUGGACAUGUUGAAGCAGACUGGUCGACCAGAAAUGGUAGUGGGUUGGUACCAUUCUCAUCCAGGAUUCGGCUGCUGGUUGUCUGGAGUAGAUAUUAAUACUCAGCAAUCUUUUGAGGCUCUCAGUGAGAGAGCUGUAGCUGUUGUUAUUGAUCCUAUACAAUCAGUAAAAGGAAAAGUUGUUAUUGAUGCAUUUAGAUUGAUCAAUCCAAACAUGAUGGUUUUAGGCCAAGAACCGAGACAAACGACGUCGAAUUUAGGCCACCUGCAGAAACCAUCUGUACAAGCUCUGAUACAUGGACUAAAUCGGCAUUAUUACAGUAUUAGUAUUAACUAUCGUAAGAAUGAACUGGAGCAGAAAAUGUUGCUGAAUUUGCAUAAAAAGACAUGGAUGGAUGGUCUCACUCUUGCUGAAUAUUCCGAGCACAGUCGACUCAAUGAAAAUAUCGUUUCUGAAAUGCUUGAACUCGCGAAAAAUUAUAACAAGGCUCUGGAAGAUGAGGAAAAGAUGACACCUGAACAAUUAGCUAUAAAGAAUGUAGGGAAACAAGAUCCGAAACGACAUCUCGAAGAGAAAGUUGAUACAUUAAUGGCUACAAAUAUUGUUCAAUGCUUGGGAGCUAUGCUCGACACGGUUGUAUUUAAAUAACUGUUUUUCAAUACGUCAUUCGCAAUAUAUUUAAAGGAAAUAUACAUCUUUCUAAAAUAGAA